AUGUUCGCAGUAGGAAAAACAGAAACAGAAAGCCACCCAGAAUUUGACAGAUCAUCAACCCUGUCCCCCCUAAGGUCUCCUACCCUAACGUUACAGCCCAUCAAUAGCACAACUCACAACAAAUCAGCCCUUCCGGUGAGGAAUCCCCUUGUCAAACUCCAGCUAAAUGCCAACCGUAAAAUAACAACCUCCAGCAGUUCAGAGAACCCAAAAAAGAUACCAAAGACAUGGGAUCCACUUAGCAACAUUCAAAUCAACUAUACCGUCGACACCAACCCUAAUCGCAACAGCCAUCUAGAUGAAAACACCAGUAUCGGCUCGAUGGGGCCACCAAUCUCUCCUAGUGCCCACCGCAUUCACAGAACCUCGAUUUUCAAUCGGACCCUCGAAAACCCUGGAGUCAGACAAUAUUCGCUUGAUGAUUUCGAGAUAGGUAAGAAGCUAGGAAAAGGGAAAUUCGGGAAAGUUUAUUGUGUUAGAGAUAAGAAAACUGGGUAUGUUUGCGCCCUCAAAGUGAUGGAAAAGAAAGAAAUCAUUGAUUACAAAGUAGAAAAACAAUUUAGAAGAGAAAUCGAAAUCCAGUCAAAUCUUAGACACCCAAACGUUCUUCGAUUAUUUGGGUAUUUCCACGAUGACAAAAGAGUGUACUUAAUUCUCGAGUACAUUGUCCAUGGUGAAUUAUACAAGCUACUCAAACAAAAGGUACGGUUCAAUGACACUUAUGCCUCGCACUAUAUUUACCAAAUGGCUGAUGCGUUGCAAUACCUUCACAAGAAGCAUAUUAUCCACAGAGACAUCAAACCAGAGAAUAUUUUGCUUGGUUUUGACAAUAUUAUCAAGAUUUCUGAUUUUGGAUGGAGUGUCCAUGCCCCCUCCUCGAAAAGAACCACAAUGUGUGGUACCCUCGAUUACUUGCCCCCAGAAAUGGUCGAAUCAAAAGAGCAUUAUGAUGAGAAGAUUGACGUAUGGGCCCUUGGGAUUUUGAUGUAUGAGCUACUUGUGGGGAGUCCACCAUUUGAGGAAGAAUACAAGAGCGCUACCUACAAGAGAAUUGCCCGGGUUGACUUGAAGCUCCCUGGAUUUGUGAGUCUUGAGGCGGCCGAUUUGAUCAAGAAGUUGUUGAAACACGAGGCAUCCAAGAGAAUCAGCUUACAUGAGGUGAUGAACCAUCCUUGGAUCAUAAAACACCGGAAAUUCUGGCCACAACCCAAGAACUCGUGA